GGACGCUUCACGCCCUGCCAUUGCAACCUCGCGUUGUUCUCAAAACCAAGUCAGCGUGAGCUGAACGCGACAUCCUUCCACCUCGAAUCUCGAAACCCGGAGGUCGGCCGCCAAACAGCCCGAGGCCGACGCAGCCUGUAACUGCGCCAUUACACCGCCGCUCAAUUGGAAAGCUACCGGGCUCGGGGAAGGAGAUUUGAGACGGUUGGAGCGCACUGCGAGGAUGGCGUCGACCGACGACCCGCUGCUGCUCUUGCGGCAGUCCAUCGCUGCGGGCAGCCAGAUCAUUCCCACCACAUCGGCCGACUCGUCGGAAGAAGCGCCGCUCUCCAAGGCCACCCACCUCGUCUUCACACACCCGACCCGCAUCGCCGUGCCCAUCGACGCCCCGACGCGCUUCACAUCGACCGAGGGCAAGGCGGUCGACGUUCGCAGCAUCUACUUCGCCUGGCUGAACCGCGACUUCGCAAUCCCCGAGUACAAUGCGGUCGCGACCAAGCUGAACGAGGAAAUGGCGGGCGCCGCCGCCGUGCACAUGUUUGCCUUCGUCGAGCGCCUGGUCUUGUUCACCUUCCUGGAAGGCGCGCAGGAGGAGAGCGAGUUCAUCAAGCCUCUGCCGGGCGAUAAGGACGCCGCGGCAGGGACGGGCGCUGCGGCGGCCGGCGCUUCGCUAAAGGCAGCUCCGGCUGUGCCCGGUCGCGCGGGGAAAGGCACGCUGGAUCCGCGCCUGGCUCAGAUCUACAGCGGGGAGCGCCGCAUGGGCGACCGGAAUACCGUCCUCAGGGGCAUCAAGCCGACUGAUUUCUCCCAUGUGCGCAAACUCGCGGCGCCCUUCUUGACGCGCAAGCCAGGCGGGCCGCCGCUAGCGGGAGGCGUCGGCGCCAGCGCCACCAUCCCGCUCAACCAGAAACCCGCCCGGCGGCCCGACCCCAUCAUCCUGCUCUCGCCCUCGGCCUCGUCCCUCCUGCGCAUGUCCAACGCCAAGGCGUUCCUCGAAGGCGGCCGCUACACGCCGCCGGACCACAACUCGAGCUCGACGAUGCUGCACAUCUCGCGUCUCCUCAAGGACAUCGACCCGUCGCGGCCCAUGCGCUUCAUCCUGGUCGAGGGCCCGGAGCAGUUCAAGCCCGAGUACUGGAACCGCGUGGUCGCCGUCUUCACGACCGGCCAGGCGUGGCAGUUCAAGAACUACCGCUGGAGCAACCCGUCGGAGCUGUUCAAGCACGUGCUGGGCAUCUACCUGGGCUGGCGCGGCGAGCAGCCGCCCGAGGCGGUCCGCGUGUUCGGGCACAGGGUGCUGGCGUGCUCGGUGGAGAAGUGGCGCGACCCGGGCCAGCCGGGCGCCGAGACGAGCCGGUGGAGGGAUCGCGAGGUGGUCGAGGCCAUCUGGAAGGGCAUCGAGGCGAACAUGCGGGCCAAAGGGUGGCGCAAGGACGCGGCGCCCGUGGCUAUUUGAGGCCCUCUUUGACGCCGGAUUGGGCCAGGGGCACAAAAGCUGCUAGCAGAUUGUCAUUGUAUUCAUUAGGGGCAUCAGCUAGGCGUUUGGGUUGGCGUGGUUUGGCGGGCU